GGUUUCCAUACAUGUUGUAACAAUCACUUGUAUACUAGCACCAGGCUAGCUUCGUUACCCUUUGAUUUUGUAAGGCGGGUUACCCUUAAUUCUUUGCAAAUGCGCAGUCAGGUAGAACCGCUGACACCUGGUCAUUCCCGGCUUGGCUGCCGUGUGACAAGACACGAUUUUGAGGACAGCUCUUGUUUGCUCUACUGAGCGAUAUUGCAGUAUGCAUUGUGCAUGAACCAUGUUAAUAAGUGGGCACGGAUAGCAGAUCAUGCGUUUUGACUUGGUCAUACAACAAUGAAGGUCCAGUGGGGAUAACCACACCGAUGUUCAACACCACCACGGUACCUAAGUUCUAGGACUACAGCCCUGAAGGAUUCCACGGUGGGGAUACUGGAGAGAAGUGAAGUCUACUCCGUGACAUCGGCGAUGAUUUGAAAUAAAAGCAGAUAUCCGAUCGAGAUAAGUGAUCGCGUGACUUGGAACACGAGUGAUAUGAUAUUAAGUGAUUGUUAUGUGAACAGUUGAAAAUAAGUUUUGGAGUGGCAACCAUAUUUAGAACUUAAAGAAAACUAUUAUAUACCGGUUCGUCUGACUGUCAAAAGGUUUUUUUUUUCAUAUUCAUAGAUAGUAUCUUUUUAUAUGCUUGUUAAUGUAGGGUUAUUAAUUACUGCAAAUUGAAUGAGUAUGGGGUGUGAGCGAGUAUGGGUGUGAAAGUGUUAUUGUAAAUAUAUUUCAUUUGUUCUUUUGUAAAUAAAUUUAUAAAACUGAAGUUGUCUUAACUGUUAUUUGGAGAACGCCUGGCUCAUCCACGUUACACAUGUAAAGUAGAGAGUAUUCAGAUUGUUGCUCAUGGUCUAGUGAUUCUUAACUUUGGUUGGUUGGUUUUAAGGUGAAAGGUUGAAUUCUUUGAAGGUAGAGUGAUUUUGGGUGUUUGAUUUAAUUUCUCCAGUGACUACUGUUGAGAGCGGUCUGUUAUAUGUUCCAUUCUAUACAGACUUUGACUAAGACCUUAAGUAAGAGAGUUUAUUAACUUUAUUAACUUGUGUGAAAGAUAAAUUAUAAAUGAAAAUAAAUGGUUUGAAUGCUUUUUAUUUAAGUAAUUAUUUUAUCAGUAAUCAAUUAUUUAUUUGGUUGAUUUGUAGAGUCAUUCCUACAUGAGUAAUUUACAGUGAUGUCAAUUGCAUAGGUUCUGAUACCGUAUAUCUGAGCCAUAUAUCAUUCAUCAGUAUUUGCAAUAAACCUGUUACAAUACAUGUGUCCAGUGAUUAAAGCCCGUAACAAAUUCUUCAUCACUGUAGACGAAAUUCUGCGACCUCUGUCAGUCGGAACGGGAUCAUAUUCCACGUUCCGAAUAUCCCUGAAAAGUGCAUAAGACCCUGAUGACAUUACAAAAUGUCAGUACGAAAUGCAACUUUGCAAUGGCCUACAAAUCUAAAGGUUAAUAAAUUCAUACUCAUGCAAUUCUGGACAAUCUUUUAUUGAAUUAUUCAUUUACACCCAUAAUUCUGCACACCCAGGAUGCCACUAAAUGGUUUUGAAAUUACAGUCGUGCAAACUGUUUUUUAAGUAGAUACCAGGUCAUCAGUUCUCGGGAAGUGUGACUACAAUAUUCAGAUCUGCUUGAAAAAAAAAUAGAUUUGGCUGCAAGUUUCUCGGAAAGACUCGGGUUAAGUUAUCAUACUUGGGAAUCGAGGAGCAUUGAGGGGCGAAGUCAACUUUAACUGUUAGUCAUAAUUUGCUUACCUUAGUGGAUGGUAUGAUCAUGUUCAACUUUAGGAAAAGUUCACCUUCAUCCGUAGAUAGAGGCUGGGCCUGGAUAAUACUUCUGGGAUGCUUCGUGGAAUACUUUGUCGUUCUUGGAAUGUAUAAAUCGUUCGGGAUAUUUUUUGUACAAUAUCAGAGGAAAUACAACACAAGCGCCUCUGUCCUCUCCAUGAUUUUAUCGGUUCAGAACAUAAUAACAAGCAUCAGUUCCCUUAUAGUCAUGGGAGUAGGAACUCGUUAUUUCACAGAAAGAACAAUGGUAAUGUGUGGAGGACUUAUAGGACUAGGGUGUUGUAUAGGAAACGCCUUUGCUCCGUCAGCAGAAGUUUUGUUUUUUACACAGAGUUUUCUGUUUGCGGUUUCAGCAAUGGCUGCAACUUUACCAGCAAUGUUGAUGGUCGGCAAAUACUUCGAAAAAAGACGAGGAAUGGCGAAUAGUAUUGCCAAUGUUGGAGGAAGUUUGGGGGGCUUCGUCUUGCCCUUUUUCUUGACUUUUCUAUUCAGCGAAUACGGCUUAAAAGGCACGCUUAUAAUUGCUGGAGGGCUGUACCUUCAGUUUUUGCCUGCAGGACUAGUAAUGCGUACCAUUGAAAGAGGUUCGGCUUUGCAUGAAGACAAGGAGUGUACAGGCAGCCUUCUGUCAAACCAAACAGACAAGGGGAAUGUAAUCGAGUAUGAAAUCCAAGAUGCAUAUAAUGGGUCAAGCACUUCGCUAAAUAAACCAGUAAACACAGAACUAAAAGCGAAAUCUAUGGUUAAUAUUAACUCGAGCCAGAAGAACUGCUCAUUAAAAUCAUCCGCACUACACGGAAGUUCACUAGAUAUCGAAAGCACCGUAUCUGUAAAAAACAUCAAUGCAGGCAGGUCACAACAUCGUUCAUUGUCAACGCUGUCGGAUGCGAAAAGAAAAGGUCUUAAAUUUUUAUUUACAUUAUUCGACUUUGCUUUGUUCAAGAACCCAAAGUUUAUUCUUCUUAUGAUGGUAGCAUUCUUAGUAGCGCCUGGAAGUACCAUAGUCGUGACUUUUAUCGCACCUUUUGCUAUAGACAAUGAUCAGUCCAUUAACAUGAUCGGGUACCUCCUCACACUCUCUUCGGCAGGUGACUUGACAGGAAGACUCCUUUUUGUAUUCAUCUCAGACAACAAAGUUAUUCAAAGGUAUCAUAUGCUAUCAAUAGCGAUGUUGGCAAAUGGUUUGACAUGUCUUCUGGCUUCGUUUUAUGAUACCUUUGCAAAGCUCGCAGUCUUUGGAUUCUUGCAGUCUUCUUUCGGUGGUACAUACUAUUCAUUGAUAAAUGUACUGAUUGUGGAUUUUAUUGGCUUGAAGAAUUUGCAUCAUGGAUUGUCAAUGACUACGGUUAUGCGGGGAAUAUCAGUGGCUAUUACUUCAUCUGUUGUUGGUCAUUUGCGGGACCACACCGGGUCAUACGUCAGCGGAUUCUACCUGAUGGGCACCUGUUUGGUGUUGGGUGGUUUGCUUUUAUUGUUUAAACCCUUGAUAUCAAAAUAAAGGCGGGAUUUGUCAGAAUCUUGGAGAAUUU